AUCAGAGGGAUUCAGAAACUGGGGAUUCCAAAGGCAGUUCUUGUCAGCCGGUGUUUUCUCUAAGAAAUAUUCUUAGCGAUGAAGCACGAGAUGGAAAACAAAAUCUAUUUGGAGGUCUUUUUGGUGAUAAAAUCACGCGGCUGACGACCACUAUGAUGUGGUGGACUCAGGCAUUUGUUGUAGUGUGUUGGUUCGUUGGCCUAGGCGCGGGAAAUCCAGACGCCAAACGGCUAUAUGACGACCUUAUGAGCAGCUAUAAUCGUCUAAUUCGACCUGUUAGCAAUAAUAGUGAUACUUUGACUGUCAAGAUGGGCCUCAAACUAUCACAGCUCAUUGAUGUUAACUUGAAGAACCAGAUUAUGACUACCAAUGUCUGGGUCAACCAGGAAUGGUCGGAUCACAAAUUAAAAUGGGAUCCUGACGAAUACGGUGGUGUAACUCAUCUUUAUGUUCCAGCUGAACAAAUAUGGCUACCAGAUAUAGUUCUUUAUAACAAUGCUGAUGGAAAUUACGAAGUCACGAUCAUGACGAAAGCCAUCAUUCACAAUGACGGAAAGGUGGUUUGGAAUCCUCCAGCCAUCUACAAGAGCUCCUGCCAGAUUGACGUCCAGUACUUCCCCUUCGAUAAGCAAGACUGCUUCAUGAAAUUUGGCUCUUGGACCUAUGACGGUUACCAAGUAGAUCUUAAACAUUUGGAAGAGAUCCCAGAUAAUGAUACCGUGCCCAUUGGAAUGGAUCUCAGUGAAUUUUACCUGAGUGUAGAAUGGGAUAUUAUGGCUGUUCCGGCCCAUCGAAGGGUCCGGCAUUACUCCUGCUGCGUAGAACCUUACCCGGACAUCACUUUCAACAUCACACUGAGGAGGAAGACCCUCUUCUACACUGUUAAUCUUAUUAUACCGUGUGUCGGAAUAUCCGGCUUGUCCGUCCUGGUCUUCUAUCUUCCCUCAGAUUCUGGCGAAAAGGUGUCUUUAUCUGUGUCCAUCCUACUGUCGCUGACUUUCUUCUUCUUGGUGUUAUCGGAAAUAAUUCCGUCUACCUCUUUGGCAAUGCCUCUUCUUGGCAAAUACCUCGUGUUCACGAUGAUCCUUGUAACUGUAUCCGUGAUCGUGACGAUCGCUGUUCUCAAUGUCCAUUUCCGGUCUCCUUCGACCCACCGAAUGGCGCCCUGGGUGAGGAGAAUCUUCAUCCGCCUGCUGCCCCGAAUUCUUCUCAUGAGGCCGCCCCAGUACAAGAUUGAGACCGACGACAAUAAGGGAACCGCCCCGGCACCAUCACUUGCAGAAGGUUACAUGAAGGAACAAGUGGUAAACAGCACAGGACGAAGAUUGUCGGAGGAGCUGGUAAUCCAUGACCUGGAAUCGAGCCCGGGUAUUGUGGAGAAGCGGCUACCCCGGCAGAUUGAACGAGCAAUCCACAAUGCCAUGUUCAUUGCCCAACACAUCGACAAUAAGGACGACUUCGAGAGCAUCAAGGAGGACUGGAAGUAUGUAGCUAUGGUCAUCGACCGCUUAUUUCUCUACGUUUUCACAUUUGCCUGCAUUGCUGGCACUUGUGGUAUCUUUUUACAAGCUCCGUCACUUUAUGAUCCCAACAAACCUAUAGACAUCGCCUUAUCAAAAGUUGCUUUAGGACAAGAUAUUCCAGAUGUUCUAUUUGAAUAAUUUUUGCCAUACCUAUAUUUUUUUUUCUUCUUCUCUAAGUAUAUGUUCUGAAGUGCUUUUUAGAAAAUUUAUUUGUUCCCUGUCCCUCAAAGUAUCAUUGAAUUUUUAGUUGUACUCUACUUAAUAUUUAAUACUAAA